AUGAAAGAGCUUGCUGAGGAUGGAUACUCAGGUGUCGAGGUGCGUCGCACUCCUGCUCGUGCUGAGGUCAUCAUCAUGGCUACUCGCACUCAGUCUGUUCUUGGAGAGCGUGGACGCCGCAUUAAGGAAUUGACAUCUGUCGUCCAGAAACGUUUCGGAUUCGAAGAAGGAUCUGUCGAGGAGAAUGCUCAUCUUGCUCUGAAUGGUUUGGGUGCUUCGCACCAGAAUGCCCCACCUCAUUGGUAUAGUGGAGGAGUUCCUGAAUAUGGCUACAUAAUGCAUACUUGUGGAAGCUCCUUUGUACCGUCUCUCGAAAUCUAUGUCAUUACGUAG